AUGGGCCAAGCUCCAUCAAGCGGUGCUCCAGGAGGAGGCAAGAAGGACGGGAAAGAUAAUAAAGACAAGAAAUCCAAAUGGGAACCUCCUAUUCCCACUCGAGUUGGUAAGAAGAAGAAGCGAGGGCCCGAUGCUUCAUCUCGAUUACCCCCAGUCUACCCCACCACUCGAUGCAAGCUCAAAAUGCUCAAAAUGGAAAGGAUAAAAGACUACUUGUUGAUGGAGGAGGAAUUUGUCGCCAAUCAAGCUUCACAAUCUGGAGAAGAUCGAACUGCUGCCGAUCGAUCUCGAGUCGAUGAACUCCGAGGAUCACCUAUGGGAGUGGGAUCUUUAGAGGAAAUCAUCGACGAUGAUCAUGCCAUCGUAUCUGUCGGUAACGGUCCUGAGUACUAUGUUGGUAUUAUGUCAUUCGUCGACAAAGAUCUGUUGGAACCCGGAUGUUCAGUGCUCCUUCACCACAAAACUCAUGCAAUUGUUGGAGUCCUCGCAGACGAUACGGAUCCUAUGGUUUCGGUCAUGAAACUGGAUAAAGCACCCACGGAAAGUUAUGCGGAUAUUGGAGGUUUAGAAACACAGAUCCAAGAGAUCAAGGAAUCGGUAGAACUUCCUCUCACCCACCCAGAGCUUUACGAGGAGAUGGGUAUUCGACCUCCAAAAGGUGUCAUUCUCUAUGGUGUACCUGGUACAGGUGGAGAACGAGAGAUUCAACGGACCAUGUUGGAGCUCUUGAAUCAAUUGGAUGGUUUCGAUACUCGAGGUGAUGUCAAAGUUAUCAUGGCGACAAAUAGAAUCGAAUCGCUUGAUCCGGCGCUGAUUAGACCAGGACGGAUCGACAGAAAAAUUGCCGAGGCGGGUUUGUUGGCUUUGAGAGAGAGACGUAUGCGCGUCACAAAAACCGAUUUCACCUCUGCUCGGGAGAAGCCUGCUGGGCUGUAUUUGUAA